UAAAGAGAAAAAGAGUGGGGACCACGAUCAAUCGAUUCGCUCUCUCUCGUCGCACGUCGCCAAUAGUGUGUUUCGUUUCGUUUGAGUUUGCUGAAAAACGGGCAGAAACCACUCCGGACCGCAGGCGGAUUGCUCCGCAGACAGACAUAAAGAACUCCCUACGAUCUGGCCUUGACUUGCCGGAGGUUAAGCUGCCGAAAAACUGAAACUGCGGACGGACGUGGCUGUGUGUGCUGGUGUAUGUGCGCGGCGGUGUGUGCAAUUUUUUUCAUCAUCAUCCCCAGUCUGAGAUCCGAGCCGCGUGUGUUUGCUAUAUGCCGUACUGUGUCGUGGAGUGGAGCCCAGGAACAGAUUCUUUAAAUAAUUUUAAUUUCACAAAAACUAUAGUGCUUUUGGAGAGCACUUUACUUAAAAUACAAGACUAAAAAACCUCAACGGCUUAUCAAGGCCGUACAAUUAUGGGUGUGGAUACCAAGAGUGUCUCUUCUACCAGCAGCACUGAGCCCAAUGGAAGCAUAGCCAGCAGCAACAUUGUCGUCGUCGUCAGCAGCAGCAGCAGUGGUAGUAGUUCAAUCCCAUCGUCAUCCGUUGCCCCAGCCACCAGCACCGCAUCAUCGGUUUCAUCAUCUUCCGCUCAGCAUCAGCACCAGCAGCGGGGAACUGUGGCGUCCACCAAUAAAGGAGUCGAGAUGUGCUCUUGUGAUAACCAGAACUUUUCACCAUCCGCCGCCACCACGUCCAAUGGCAAUAAACGUAAACGGCGUUUAACCAGCGACUCAAAUGAUGAUGCUAAGGAUCCCGAACUCGGUUUUGAGCCACCAUCGGCUAAGCGUCAACAGCGAUUGCCCGCUCUCUAUGGCAGCGACCAGAGCAGCAACCUAUCUUCAGUGGCCUCCUCGGUCUAUACCUCGCCCGUGGUCUCGGCCGAUGGCCAGCACAGCCAGGAGUUGCUCAGCAUACGCAGCUCACCGGCCGAGGAGUUGUCGGAGCAACCGCCACACAGUCCGCUGCCGGACAGCCCGGACAGUCCGCCGAGCCCGGAUCGCGGUGCGAAGCAGGCGCCAGUCAUGGUGCGUUACGCCGGAGUAGAGACAACAGUGAAAUCGGUCAACAACAGCUCGCGAGUGGAGCAGCAAGAGGACGAUGACCUAUUGGACGACAGCUGCGAGGAUUACUCGUACGACGAGGACGAUGGGGAGGAGGAAGAUGACGACGAUGAGGAUGAGGAGAUCAACUCGUCCACCGUUUCUCCAGCAUCAUCGGGCUGCAGCCAACAGCAGGCGGUUAAUGGAGAGCGUACUCCUGGCCUGCAACAGCACCAGAAGCAGCAGUUCCAGCAACAGCAGCCUUCGUGUCCGGUUACCAUGAUGCCCAUCAAGGCUGUGGAGUCGGAUUCGGCUGCCUUCAAUUGUAUGUCGCCAGCCGUGGAAACCGCGUUGCGCCAGUGCCCACUACCCGCCUUGGCUUGGGCCAACGCCGCGGAUGUGUGGCGCCUGAUGUCCCAGCGAGAUGAGCAGGAUUCGCGUCUCCGUUGUGUCUACAUGCUGGAGCAGCAUCCUGGACUGCAGCCACGUAUGCGCGCCAUUCUCUUGGACUGGUUGAUCGAGGUCUGCGAGGUGUACAAGCUGCACCGGGAGACCUUCUACCUGGCCGUCGACUACUUGGAUCGCUAUCUGCACGUGGCGCACAAGGUGCAGAAGACCCAUUUGCAGCUGAUCGGCAUCACCUGCCUGUUCGUGGCCGCCAAGGUGGAGGAGAUCUACCCGCCCAAAAUCGGGGAGUUCGCCUACGUUACGGACGGCGCCUGCACGGAGCAGGACAUUCUCAAUCAUGAAAAGAUCCUGCUGCAAGCGCUCGACUGGGACAUCAGCCCCAUCACCAUCACCGGCUGGCUGGGCGUCUACAUGCAGCUGAAUGUCAACAAUCGCACACCGGCCUCGUUUGCCCACAUUGGCAGACAGAAGGCUGCAGAGGCUGACGAUGCCUUCAUCUACCCGCAGUUCUCUGGCUUUGAGUUCGUGCAGACCUCGCAGCUGCUGGACCUGUGCACCCUGGAUGUGGGCAUGGCCAACUACUCGUACUCGGUGCUGGCAGCAGCCGCUAUCAGUCAUACAUUUAGUCGUGAGGCCGCUCUGCGCUGUUCUGGCUUGGAUUGGCAGGUGAUUCAGCCUUGCGCUCGUUGGAUGGAGCCCUUCUUCAAGGUCAUCUCCCAGAAGGCCACAUAUCUGCAGCUGAACGAGCAGAACGAGCAGGUCAGCAACAAGUUUGGCUUGGCUCAUAUUUGCCCCAACAUUGUCACCGACGACUCGCACAUUAUCCAGACCCACACCACCACCAUGGAUAUGUAUGACGAAGUGCUAAUGGCCCAGGAUGCAGCCCAAGCCAUUCGAGCCCGCACCCAGGCAUCCCCAGCCACCGCGCUGCGCGCCCCAGAGAAUCUGCUCACGCCUCCCGCCUCUAGUCACAAGCCCGACGAGUAUCUCGGCGAUGAUGGUGACGAGACGGUGGCCAGGAGUGGCGCCUGCAGCAGCACCAGCACCAACACUAUCGCUGCGACCAGCUGCAGUAGCAGCAGGGGAGAUCGCUGAGGCGAUCCCCUUCCUCUCUCUCUCAACCAUAACACACCCGCCCAAACAGUCUCUACGUUAAGUGUUUCUUAUAUUUAAAUUAUUUUUGUUAAGUGAAAAGUUAUUUAGUUAGUUGGCUAAUUCCUAUGCUAAAAAAAACAUAUUUAAUUUGAAAUUUUCCGCGCGCACCUUCUGUUUCUCCCAACUCGCGUUCUUAAUUUCCCUUUUUGCUCAGUUUAUUAUUUAAAUUUUUUGUGUAUUUAU